ACGGGCCGCAGUACAGUCGUACCUUGGAAGUCGAACGGAAUCCAUUCUGGCACUCCGUUCGACUUCCAAAACGUUCAGAAACCAAAGUGCAGCUUCUGAUUGGCUGCAGGAAACUCCUGCAGCCAGUCGGAAGCCCCAUUGGACGUUUGGCUUCCAAAAAUAGUUCGCAAACCAGAACAGUCACUUCUGGGUUUGCAGCGUUCAGGGGCCAAAAUAUUUGAGAACUAAGCUGUUCGAAAACCAAGGUAGUAGCAUGCAUAAACAACCUUUUUUGAUUCCCACAAAAUCUCAGCACUCUGGGGUGGUUGUUUUUACUGAAGUCAUUUCUGUCCCUUGCAGGUAUUAUUUUCAGGGCACCUUUUCCAGGACUUGGGGUGCCUGUUCCCUGAACUGCCCAUCUCCCUUUUCUGAUGCCUUCCAGAUAACACGAAACCCUCCCCACCCAUGGAGGCCGUGUUCCUCCUUUGCAACUCUUAUCUGCAUUUUAUUCAAAACUUGGGGCAAGCGGCUGAGUUUAGUUAAUAGGUUUGGGGUACUGCCUUGCACCAGUCGGGUGAGAUGUGGCAUUCCUUAGCUUCUUACGAAGGGGGUCGGGCUGCUGUCCUGUCGUCUGAAUAUGGGUCCCCCUCCUUAAGAAGCCUCGGCCCCUUGUGCCCAACAGCUGCUCUCUUGAGGCCGGUAGACUUUGACGCGUCAGAUCUUCCAUCUGCUUGUUUGGCUGCCUCGUAUCUCAUAAUAGUCUGUGGAAGUUCUGAGCCGCUUUAGGGAGGUGAGGCGAGGUAAGGCACCCAUUGACUGAGAGGCUUACGUGGCCACUGGACGAAAAGCGUGAUUUGGUGACUAUUUGGAGCUGAGCUGCACUGAGCGUGGGGAGCCUCUACCCCGGGCCCUGAAAUUCCAGAGUGGGUGCUGCCCUGCCUAACCGCUGCCCUGAAGAUGAACUGCUUCUGCCUCUCGGUUGCCAUCUGGAGACACCGCUCCUUGCUCCUAGGUGCCAUCUUCCUACUUCUGCUGCUCCUCCUCAGGCAACUGACCAAGCAAGAAGUAUUGCGGAUCAGCCCUGCAGAAGAGCUGCAGAGCCUGCAUCGGAAAAACGCAUCCACUCGCUCUCUGGCUGUUCAGAAGCUGCAAGGGAAGACGGGCUUGGCAGAGCCGGGGGUCCUUAACGUCGUCUUUCUGAAGACCCACAAAACAGGCGGCAGCACAGUGCAGAACAUCCUCUUCCGGGCUGGGGAGCGGCGGAACCUGACUGUGGCCUUUCCCCUCUAUUCCUACCAGUUUGCCUACCCAGAGGCCUUCUCCAGGACGUUUGUGGAGGACCUCCCCACCGGGGCCACCCAUUUCAACCUGCUCUGCAGCCAUAUGCGGCUGGCGGUUGGCGAAGUGCAGGCCGUCAUGCCGCCGCACAGCAUCUUCCUCACGAUCCUGCGCCACCCCGUUCAGACGUUCGAGUCCGUCUUCCACUACUACCGCAACGUCGUGCCUGCCUUCCAGACGCUGGCCAACCACUCCAGGCCGCUACUGGCUUUCCUGGAGGCGUCGGCUCGCUACUACGAUGCCAGGGACGCUGGCAAUGGGCUGGCCAAAAACCCCAUGGCCUUUGACCUAGGCCUGAACGCGAGUCAGGAAGAAGCGCCGAGUGGCCGGUGGCUGGGAGAGCUGGAAAGGCUGAAUCGGACUUUUCAGCUGGUGAUGAUCGCGGAGCACUUUGACGAGUCGCUCCUCCUGGCGAGGGAGCUGCUCGGGCUGGACAUGGAAGAGCUGGUGUACGUCAGGCUCAAUGUGCGCCACAAAGAGGGCGAGCCUCUGCCCAAGGCGCUGGUGCAGAAGAUCCAGGCCUGGAACUGGUUGGACGUGCAGAUCUACAGGUUUUUCCAGGGCGUUUUCUGGCGCAAGGUGGAACGCUAUGGCUACAUGCGCAUGAAGAGGGAGUUGGACGCCUUCCAUGCGCUGCUGAGGGAGACGGGGGCUAGGUGCCUGUCGGGGGAGCCUGUCGGACCCGAGCGCAUGGCUGAUGAGCUGCGGCCUUGGCAGCCGGGCAGUGUCACCAUUCUUGGCUACAGCCUCAAACAGAACCUCACGUAUGCCCAGUACAGUGGCUGCUUCCGUAUCAUCCUGCCUGAACUCCAGUAUCACGCUUACCUCUAUUACAGGCAAUACGGAAGGGACAUGCGCCCUUAGUGGGUUCCUGGCUAUUAUUUGGGGGAUAUUGGGUGCAAUCCUGCUCUCCUCUCUAUCCAUUGACCUCAGCUGUCUUACUCAUUUGUUUUCUCUUGGUUCUCUUGGGUGUGAUUCCUGCAUUGCAGGAGUUUGGGCUAAAGGAUCCUAGGGAUCCUUUCUGACUUAACAAUUAUACCCUGGGUUGCCCGAGCCCAGUUUGGGCAGUUUGCAACCUAUAUAAAAACAUAAUAAAUCAUUACGCUUUAAGAAGCUUCUCUAGACAGGGCUGCCUUCUAAAGGUUAUACAGUGGUACCUCGGUUUAUGAACACAAUUGGUUCUGGAAGUCUGUUCAUAAACUGAAGCGUUCAUAAACUGAAGCGAACUUUCCCAUUGAAAGUAAUGGAAAGUGGAUUAAUCCAUUCCAGACGGUCCGCGGAGUAACCGUUCAUAAACUGAAGCGAACUUUUCCAUUGAAAGUAAUGGAAAGUGGAUUAAUCCGUUCCAGACGGGUCCGUGAAGUACUUAAACUGAAGCGUUCAUAAACUGAAACAUGGGUGUAAUUGGUUCCGGAAGUCUGUUCAUAAACUGAAGCGUUCAUAAACUGAAGCGAACUUUCCCAUUUAAAGUAAUGGAAAGUGAAUUAAUCCGUUCCAGAUGGGUCCGCGGCGUUCAUAAACCGAAAAUUCAUAAACCGAGGUGUUCAUAAACUGAGGUUCCACUGUAUAGCUACUUGAUACCUGACGGGAGGGCAUUCCACAGGGUGGGUGCCACUACCGAGAAGGCCCUCUGCCUGGUUCCCUGUAACUUCACUUCUCGCUGUGAGGGAACCGCCAGAAGGUCCUUGGAGCUGGACCUCAGUGUCCAGCCUAAGCAAUGGGUGUGGAGAUGCUCCUUCAGGUAUUACGGGCCAAGGCCAUUUAGGGCUUUAAAGGUCAGCACCAACACUUUGAAUUUUGCUCAGAAAUGUACUGGGAGCCAAUGUACUGUAGGUCUUUCAGGACCAGUGUUAUAUGGCCCUGGCGGACACUUCCAGCCACCAGUCUAGCUGCCACAUUCUGGAUUAGUUGUAGACUCUACAACUAUGCAAAUAUCAGAUUCUCCUGGAUAAAACCCUCGAUCCAUUUCAAUCUAGUGCUCUGCUAUACAAUCAGAGACAGCAUCCAAGCCUCUCUUGGGUGGCCAAAGAGAAUUGGCUAUUCUUCUACAGUUCUCCAUGACAUACUGUUGUGAACAGCGAUUUUCAGAUAUAAAAGAUCAGAAAAGAGAAAGGCUUCUUUGUGCUGAUAUGUUUCUCUCAAAUUGGACCUAAAAACAAGCUCAGGUCUCUGAUUGAAUUUGUAUACCUACUUGAGGGACAUAUGCAAGAGGCUUGAUUAUCAUUAUAUUCAUGUUAUUAUGUAGCUGCAUUGUUUUAUACUCCCUGGAUAUCCCAUGAUAAUAUUAUAAAGUA